AUGGCUUCUGAGGAUCAUGAAACAGAGCACUCAGAACACGAAGUUCACGAUGAGGAAGCACCAUGGGACCUCGCAGAUUAUGGUGCAUAUCAUCAAUAUCACGAUGAUGCGGUGGGGCUCACCAUUGAAGUUGAUCCGCUGAAACCUACGAGAGUUGUAGACAUUAUCCCGCAGGUUCUCCUUUUGUUAAGGUUGAAGAAGACAUGCGUUGGAGGAGAUCACCAGCCACUGAACGAGAUUUACUUCAGACCGAGAGACUUGUCUCAAAUAGCCAUGGGACAUCCCUACGAUUUUCCGUACAACCGCUGGGAGAAUGGCUCGAUGACCUUGAAACCGGUGAAAUGGACCGAGUCGCCGGGUACACUGUGCUCAUCAUUAUCGGCAUUGACAAUUCACCUGCAAAACGCCAAACUGGCAAGAAACUCUAGGUCCAACCUGCUCGACCUUCCGGUUGAGUUGGUCGAGAGGAUCCUCGACUAUGCCAUCCCGCCUUACAGCUUGCGCGCCGAUAUCGUACGAAACAUCGCAUACGCCCGCUCGGUCGACACAACUCACUUGAUCAUAUACGGCCCUCGCAGCUGGAAGCAAUUGCCUUUGCUUAACGUCUGCCAGGGCUUUCGUGUACUGCUCAGUCGAGCCUAUGGCACCCCACGACCAGACUCAUUCCCUUUCGACUACCGCAAAGAUAGCAUCCUGAUUGUGGGGCAGCACCUCAACUUCUUUGGCCUACCUGAAGCGGAAGACGGGCUUGACUACAGCAGAUAUGUUGACAUCAACGACUUAAGCAGUCCGGAUCAUUGGAUGUUGAAUGAUGGGAUUAUCUACACCCCUCAUCAGCGGUCUAGGACCUCGCCGACUUCUCACCUUGUUCGGUUGGGACCAGCCUUCGCGAGAAAAGUACAGAAUAUCGAGUUCGCACUGGACUCCGGCACGAUUCACACGAAGCGGGAUUGGCAGGCCGUCUGGCGCUUCCUUGCGAACACCUUCACUGAGGCGAGGAUCAUCGAACUGCAAUUCUGUGAGCUCGACGAAUGUGGCGGGGCAGGCCGUGGUUGGAAGAGUCGUCAUGAUCAUUACAUGGCACAUGACCUGUGGGCGCUUAGUGGUCUCAAAGAGGCGAUUGAUAGGAUUGGACGAGGAUCAUCUUUCCCAAAGCUCAAAGGCUUGGAUGUGGUUAAAGUCGCGGUGAAUUGCACAUAUGCAUGGAUGCAAGAAUUUCAUCGCAUGUCCGUUAGCGAGUGGUUUUUUGAGCAAGGAAGAAACAAGAUACCUCGCCUUCUGCGAGGUUAA